UACUGAGAAAGAAAGCAAGGAAGAACCAGACACUAAGAUGAUGUACUGAACUAAGAGCGGUGACGUGAACGCUGCACUCCUCCUAUGUGUGGCUCGUCAGACGGUGGCAGGACCGGGAUUGGUCAGCUGUUGUUGCUGUAGCAGCUUGUGUCGGCGCUGUGGGGAGGGAGGGGGCGCUAUAAAAACCCGCUCCCCCACUCCGAGAGCUUCACUCUGGAGCGGAAAGCGAACAGGAGGGUUGGUCGACGUGGCACCAAGGGACCCACCCCCAACCCCCUGUAUUUACCAACAACAGGCGUCUAUUUCCCAGCACUGAACCGUCCUAGCACACGGACUCUCUCUGACAAAAAAAGUCCCUCUACCUCGACAAAUAAAUGCCAAGAGAAACAACACAAGCGCCACUAGAUAAGGAUCGCUGCUCAGAAGUGGAGAGAAAGACGAACAGUCGGACAAACACGUAGAGAAAAACAAGACGCGCGCACGGAUCGUCGCCGUUGCCUUUUUUUUUUCUCAAUGCAUACUCUUUGUGCCCGGGGAACGAUGAAACCAGAGAUCAACGCCGCCGUCGGAUUUCUGACGAGAUUUCUGAGGGUAAAAGGACACGUAAACGAUCGACAGGUCCAAACGUUCAGCCAAAGCUUACAGGACAUUUUGUCAGAGCAAUAUAAGCACCACUGGUUCCCAGACAGGCCCUGCAAGGGUUCAGGUUACCGCUGCAUCCGUAUAAACCACAAGAUGGACCCACUGGUGUGGCAGGCAGGCCAGCGCAUUGGCAUGACCAUCCAGCAACUCUACCUGGUGCUGCCUAGUGAGCUCACGCUGUGGGUGGACCCCUUCGAGGUGUCCUACCGUAUCGGCGAGGACGGCUCCAUCUGCGUCCUGUAUGAGUCACAGCCCUGCCCCCCAGGAUUGCCGGCAACAGCCACCACCGGCUCCCCCUCAGGAAACAGCGGGCCGAUGGGCCCCAUGGUGGACAGUCACAUCAGCUGUAAGGAGGAACUGAUGGUGCUGGGCAGAUCCAGUCCCUCCAAAGCCUACAACAUGAUGACUGUGUCCAGUUAAAGAGGCACACUGUCACCCCUGCCUACUUUUGUUCAGGGUCAUGCCGUGGCUGGUCAGAUCAUAUGACCAGAUCAGGGUGAGCCUUUUUAAAGCUAAGAAUAUGAAAUGAAAUAGUGAAAGAAGAAAAAAGAGAAAAAAAAAACAGAGGAUGUGGCCUAUCGUCCAGGUGAUGGAAACCUUGUAGGUUUGAUAUUUUUUACCCUCUCUCCCCCCCAUUAUCAUCUGUUCUGUUUUGUCAUUGGAUCAGCUGGGCACUCCGUUUUUUAGGAGAGGCUUUGUGGAAAAGGAACUGUUGGGGCAGCUAAAACAACCAACCAACCCGGAACCCCCACAGAGAAUGGCUCUGCACCCCCCCCCCGACUGUAAACAACAUGGUGAUCAGCUCCAUUUCAGAAGGGGCUGUCACUGACUGUGCACUUUUCCUACUUGUUACUAUGGGUACAUGUUCAACACACCACCGCAAAACACCAAAACCUAAAUUGUAAGGAAUUUUUACCAGGAACUACUCCUUGAAUUUAAAAAAAUCCAGAGGUUAUUUAAUUUGCUGCUGUUCAUUUUUGUUUCUUGGGUGGGGGGUUUGAGGUUUAGACUGAGUCUUUCGCCAUCCAAGCUCAAGGUAAAGAAACACCCAAUUAGAGCAUCUCUAUUUUCUAUAAAACCCUCUUUUUGGACCACAGGGAAUUAGUUUUCUUUAUCUUGUAGCUGGAAAAAGGCUUUCGGUCUCAACUUCUCUUCCUCCCCCUCAACACACAUCAACACUGAGCUUCAGCAAACCCUUAUCUGAACCCCUUCUCGGCCUGUAUGUAAGUGCAAGUGGAAUGUGUUCUGACACCUGUUACCUAUGGAUACCAGUGUGUCCUGUUGCACUGUCACCCUCCCAUCACCCAUGUGUAGCUUUCCAGGGGAGGGCAGGGGAUCCAUCUCCUUCCCCCUCCCCUUAGUUAAUGAAUGUUGUUGAAAUUCACAAUCAAGUUCCUGUGUUGUUCAUUUUGCCCCCUUUUCCUUCCACCACUUUGUCAUCUCCCACAUCACCAAAAUUCAAAGUGUAGCAAAGGGGGUCCUAUUUUACCCAAAUUUUGGUCAUGUGGCCCUGUUAUAAUUUACAUUGAAUGCACUUUGACGUUAGAUUGUGUGGGAUGUGUACUUUUUUUUUAUUUCUUAGAGAAAAUCGCCUGCAUUCCAUCCUUUCGAAUGUCAUCUUUUCACACCGUUUUAUUGCCCUCCUCAUUUUAGCCGUUUGUUCAUACUGUAGCUCCCACGUUGGGAUAGACUAAUGUCUAUUAAAUUGGGAGUGCAACUCUGGAUUUCAAAACCCUUUUUUUGUUUUGUUUUUUUAACACUGUAUUUGUGAACAUUUCAGAGCUGUUGAUUUUAGGUGGAGAGUAUUUUUGGUGGUAUGUUAGAAACAUUCUGUCAUCCGUUCAUAUGGCACUGUUCGCUCUGGCAGGAUGCAGAGCUAAGCUUUUUUUCCCCCCCAGACACACAGAUGGUGAUUUGUGUUGCUGAUAGGAAAACAAAGUUAGUCUGAAAGGUCUGGACUAAGUGAUGACUGUGUGAGACUUUGGCCAAAAGGAGGUCUGGAGCACUGACUGUUCAGAGAUUAAUUUUAACUUGACUUAAAAACACCAGGCCUUGUCAGUCUUAUAUUUUCAUUUGCAUUAGCUAUUUCCAAGGUCUUGUAAAAGGGAGAGCAUUGCCUUAUGGAGACCUCUUUGUCAUGAAUUUUGAGCCAUUUGUGAUUUUUAAACUAAAAUCAGGCUAAUGUGAACCAGCCUGGUUAACUGUGCUGCCUGGACCCUUGCUGGAGGUGUCCCCUUUCCAGCAUGGCAGCUUCAAAUCCCCCACCUCGCCCCUCCUGGUGUGGGGGUUAGAGUGCCUAAAGUGCUACAUAUCACCCCUCAGCUCAGACCUCCUGUUCAGCCAAAAGCAAGCCAGCAUGCUGCUAGCUGACCCCCUGUGGAUGCAGGUAGACUUAAUGUGACACAUAUCAUCAUCCAUCACCGUGGGGAGCUGGGUAAGGAAGGCAGGGACAGGGGAGCUGGUGUGAGAGAGGGGGGGCCAGGGCCGGACUCUUUUUGUCCAGGGCAGCUAAAAUCCCUCCAGCCCCCCCUCUGGACUUAUUCAACAUCCCCCACCCUGACCAGAAGCCCUCGAUACUCCCUCAGCAGUGAUGGAUACAAAACCAGCACACGCGCUUUGCGUGCUCAAGCUGCACUAGGGGGGCUAGUGAGAGACGAGGAAACAUGGAUCAAAGAUGAAGAAUUGAGGGUACUAGGCCAUUGUUUCUGUUUUCAUCUCACUGGAUUGCGCUGCACUUGAUUACUGAGUUUGAGUAGCGACUUUGUUUACAUGCAUAUGAAAGGAUGUGAUGGCUGUCUGACGUACCCCCCCCCCAAUCCUGGUUCUGGGGCUGAAAGGUUAACAGCAAGCUGGAACAGAUGCUGGGCCAGCUUCGGUUGUUGCUCGGGCCUUCCCGCUGGCCAAAUCUGUCACGGCAGGCUGGUUCACUGCUCAUCACCAGACCUAUGGGUGUUUAAGCUCUCCUAAGCCUGAGAGGAUCAUGGGUAAUAGAGCUAUAGCCUUUGACGCACUGCAACCCCUAACCCCCCCGCUCUCUGCUGAUGCUCCCUUCGUGAAUUCUGUGAACAGCAGUGAUCCCAUGUUGGCCAGAUAGAGAGGAGCUCGCUGGGAUGGGAGCCCAGAGUUUUGGUUUCUGUGGUGGACACCAGUUUUAAAAUCACGCUGCUCCAUUAAAGCUUUUUUUUUUGUGUGUGUGUCAUGUGACAAGAUGUUACGAGAUUGGUCUAUAUUUCGGGCGCGAGAUGAUCGUCUUGUCUCACUUUUCUCUAGAUGUAUUUUAUGGUCACACUGGUAGACUUUCUCAUCUUUCCACUCUGACAUCCCCAUUUUCUCCUCUUCAUCCUCUUAAGAGGAUUUUUAGUCUGGUUAUCUAACACACUUUUAAUAGACCUUGUUUUUAGAGCUAUAAAAAUCCAAAAAAUGAAACCCAAAUCCCCUUCGAUACCUUCUCAACUGUACCACCACCCAAAAUGGUUUAAGUCCUCAGUAAUAUUGAUUUAUUUAAAUGGAAUCCAUUCAGCUUGUGCACACAUAGGUUACAGAUUUGUUGUGUGAGUGCUUUGAGUCUGGGUCAGAGGUAAAAUAGCACAUAAAAUGCACUAAAUAUGUCAAGUUGAAGUUGUGUGACAUUUUUUUGAGACGCGAGGAGUCUCUCCUGGAAUGUAUUGCCAAACUCAGGCCUCAGACAUUCAAUAAAUACCCUUGUGGAAAAGUUGUGCAUGUUAAGACAUGAAACAGGAAGGGAACAGCAGUUUUGUUGUUGUUGUUGUCGUCAAAAUUGUCAUUGAUUAGUUGAAUUAUUGCCACUUUCACAUUUGAGGUGUUUUACAUAUUGUAGAAUGUAUUGUAACUGUACAACAAAUGGUAGAGUACAUAACAUUACACAUGGGAAGUGCCAAUAAUUGCUAUCCUGAGGUGUUUUUAGAUGUAUUCCUUUUUGUAUUUCAUCUUUUAACAUGGAUAACUCUUUUCGUAAGUUAAGCCAUUUGUGAUGGGAGUGUUGGCAAGGACCAAAGUUGUUUUGGUAAAAAAUAUUAGUUUCCAUGAUCUGUAAGUGUAGACGUAUCCUUUGUUUUUGUUUUUUUUUCUCUUUUUUCUUUUCAGUUUUUUUCCCCUUUUUUUUCUAUUUACCUACAAAACCAGAAAAUAGACAAAAAAAUCUGAGCUUACCCAAGAAGAAAAGCUGUCUAUCUUGUGAUCUCAUGUUAGUACACCUUUAUCGUGUUCAGUUUCUUUUCCUUGGGUAUGUUGUGAUGAACUGCUGUAAAUUUGUACAGUUCAUGUAAAUUGAUUGUGCGGAAGUUGUACAGAUUUCUAUAUUUUGGAAGAAAAGUUUCGUUUUUUUUUUCUCUGUAAUAAAAGAUUUCCUAUCUUGGCAUCAUA